CCGUUCGUGUUGUCGUUGUGUAUUAGUUCGCUAGAGGGCAGCAGCAGCCGUCUGUCCGAUAUGCCAUUCAGCAAACGAAGAAGCCGAUUCUGUCUGGAGCCCAGUGUGUCAGAAUGGAGAACGCGGGAAAUGAAGUCGUGUUUAAAAAGGAAACUGUUGCCAAACUUUUGGCACGCUCCUUCAAAGAGGACAAAACCAAAGUCAGCAGUGAUGCUGUCAUGCUUGUAGCAGAGAUGUUGAAAGUGUUUGUUGAAGAGGCGACACGCAGAGCUGUAAAACAGGCCGACAGUGAGGACUGUGACACUGUUGAUAUUGAACACUUUGAAAAGAUUCUGCCGCAACUGCUUCUUGACUUUUAAUUUUGCUGAGGAGCCAGGAGAUGGCGACAUAACCUAGUUCUGCUGAACAUGUACAUCCUGGACUUCACUUUGAAUAUUCGCACAUGCUUCAAUCUGUAGAUAUUGUAUUGAAUUGUAUUAAAGUGUAUUAGAUGUAUGACUGAUUUAAUAAAAAAAUGCUAUUUUAUUAACAGGUUUUUUUUUUUACAUGUCAGCCAGUUCUCAUCAAUCGUUUUCUCUUAAACUGUCAUAUUGUUUAGCAUUUUAACAACGCGCCGCCAGCAGUUUUCUGUGACGAUGGGCCGAUUUGAAUGCCUGCUGGGUAACAGCGCUGUUAUUGCCUCCUGGUAACGAGGUCUUGAGUCUCACCCCGUGGCUCUGUAGGCCACCUGUGCUCUGCUCAGCGGCAGGUGCUUCCAGCAUGCUAUGCCCCGCUCCCCCAUCAAAGCCUCUUGAAGCAGUUGGAAUUGAUUAAAGUAAUAAGGGAGGCAGCAAAGACCCUUAGAUGAUGACAAGUGGCAGGAAAAAGAAGCACCCCCCUCCAGCCACUUUGAAGUUCUCCCCUUCCCCUCGCUGUCCUGCAAUGUGGUAUAGUUGAAGGUGUCACGGAGGUGAGAGGGCACAGGGCGGAAUGUGUGUGUGAGUCUCUGUGUGAGUGUGUGCGCGUAGAGAGUGUCAGCCUGUUAAAAUUAUUGCGACCACACGCAUAGUUGUUCAGUUUUAGUGGAAGCAUAACAAAACAAAUUGGAACCAAAGAACAUGACACAGGAAGAGAGGGGUGUAAUUUUGAGUGUAAAUAAACAAGACGUUGAGUCGCUCAAGGGGGCUCCCGGCCUUUCAUCAAGGCAGAGAGAAAGCUUUUUGCUCUGAUAAUUGCACUCUUGGAGUAAGUCGAACCUGCCGCCAGUGAGUUUCCAGUUGUGAUGUUAAGGGCUUUGCUUGAAUGGGUUUGUUAUUAGAUAAGCAAAGGAAAAGGAAAGAUCAACAUGUUGUGUUUUGUUAGAUCCUGUAGUUAAGGACAAUAGCAACAAUGAUAGUAUUGCUUGUAUGUUGGAAACAAAAGCUUAUUUGCUUAAUUUUUUUUUUUCAGGUCUGGAAAAUUAAUUUAACCCUAGGAGUUUCUGUUGUGUGUGUGUGUAACGUUCAGCUUUAAACAUUUCAUAGGAAAUUGCAAUAACACUUUGCCUGAAUUCUAUUUGUAUAAUGCAUUAUAAAUGUAUUCAUAAUGUGUGUUAUAAUGCAAUGCAGUUAAAAUUCAUUAUAAAAUUUUAAGAUUUUUUUUUUUAAUGCAUUAAAAGUUUUUAAGUGUGACAAUGAAUAAAUUAUAAUGUAUUAUAACCGUGGUUACAAUUAUUCAUGAGAUUAUAUAAUGCAUUAUAAGGUGCUUUACAAGGCAUAAGUAAUUCAUUAAAACUUUUUUAAUGCAUUAUAUAACGACUUUAAGCAAAGUGUUAUCGAAAUCCAAAUUUCAUUUAUCCAUAUGAAAAUCAUGGAUGUCUGGUCAAAAUGUGGGUAUCCUGUUCGAUAUUAUUGUACUUUUUAUUGAACAUAUCUGCUUUAUAAAAUCAUACACCUUUGAAGUUCACUGCAAACUUUGUAAUUAAACUUUACUAGGCAAAUAAUGAA